GACCAGGGUGGGCGGAAGAUGGCGGAACUUUCUGGUACUACGGCUGAGGAUUCGUGGGGGAAGGUCGACGCAGCCUACAGCGACAAUGGCCUGGACUCGGUGUUUUUCAUGGAGAAAACCAGGAAAAGCAGCAUAGUGUCACGAGCUAACAGCAUCGGCUCCACCAGUGCCUCCUCGGUCCCCAACACAGAUGAUGAGGACAGUGAUUAUCACCAGGAGCCCUACAAGGAGUCGUACAAGGACCGGCGCAGGCGGGCACACACGCAGGCAGAGCAGAAGAGGCGGGACGCCAUCAAGAAAGGCUAUGAUGAUUUGCAGGCCAUCGUUCCCACCUGUGAGCAGCAGGAUUUUUCCAUAGGCUCUCAGAAGCUGAGUAAGGCCAUCGUUCUCCAGAAAACCAUUGACUACAUCCAGUUCCUGCACAAGGAAAAGAAGAAGCAAGAGGAGGAAGUUUCUACCCUCAGGAAAGAUGUGAUGGCCUUGAAGAUCAUGAAAGUGAACUAUGAGCAGAUUGUGAAAGCUCAUCAGGACAACCCGAAUGAGGGGAAGGACCUGGUCUCUGAUGAGGUGAAGUUCAAUGUGUUCCAAGGCAUCAUGGAUUCCCUCUUCCAGUCCUUUAAUGCCUCCAUAUCAGUAACAAGCUUUCAGGAGCUCUCGGCUUGUGUCUUCAGCUGGAUUGAGGAGCACUGCAAGCCCCAGACGCUGCGGAACAUUGUGAUUGGGGUCCUGCACCAGCUGAAGAGUCAGGUCUACUGACUGUGGGGCACCUCCUGCCAGGAAGGGCCGAGCCAUCUCCCUCGAAGCUGGUUUUUAAAGCUUCUCUGAUUUAUUUAUUGUAAUAACUACAAAACCAAAAGGAGGCGGUGCAGACCCCUCUGUGCCAUAGCCGAUAUCACCAAAUACUUGUAGGGACUUGUUAAAGGGGAAAGGGAGGGGCGUGUGAAGAUGUAGAUUGAGUUGAGAUUUUUUUUAAGGUGCCAGAGAGUCUUUAGCUGAGGCAGGCAGCUGUUUGCCUGGGCUAUGGACUCUGCUGCAGAGCAGAUCUGCUCUGUAAUCUCAUGCUUCUGAUCUACCCACUUCUGAUCCCAGGGGAGGGGGAGUGAAACGAGGACAAGAUGCUAAAAGCAAUUGUUUUCUGUUAAAACAGUCUAGGAAUAGGCUUCUCCCCCAGGUUUUCUCAUACCUCACUGAAGCAGCUCUUCCAGGGGCAGGGUUUUUAAGUUGUGCAGAUGCUUUGUGGAAGGUGGCAGGAGGAUGAGCCAGACUCAGCACCACUGUGCCCUCCCCAGUGCUGAGCUGGCAGCACACACUGGGGACUUGCUAAAACCUCUUCUGCUGUAGCUGUAGUUCCCCUGAUGAGGAAAUGGGAAGGAGGCUUUCUGUGCAGGCUUUUCCUGAGCAAGAGCUGAACCAUGUCUGGCUUCAUCGAUGUUUGGGUUGCAAAGUGUAGCUGUUGCAUAGCACUGCCACAAGCACCCACUGCUCCUCCUUAGAACUUUUCUAUCCACACACAUCUCCAUACCUAGCCUGGAUUGGGUUUGAUUGUUGGGGUUUUUAUCAAUCACUGAAAUCAUUCUGAAGUAUUUUUGGCAUCAGCUUUGCAGACAGAUGCUCCCCAGGACACUUAAUCCCUCAGAUGCUGCUGCCGUUGGUGUGGGUCAUGGCUGGGGGGUAGCAGAGCUGAGGCUCCUCCCACACUGCAACACCAGCAGCAGGAUUUGUCCUCUGUGAUCAUCUUCCUGUCCCCACACCAGGGCCCUGGAUAUUGAUUUUACAGCUUCCUCCCCACCCCGUCUAUGAGGUAGCUCCAGGUUACAUGAUUUGAAUGCUGUAGGGUGAGAAUAUUGAAGCUGUUGCUUCUAUUCCCAAUGCAGUAGCAGAAAACCCAGUUGGGGGGGAUUGAGUUUUAUUCUUCAAACCCACACUUGGGUACUUUUUCCAAUGCAAUAGAAGUCCUUAUGCUGUACAUCACCAAUAAAGCGCACACACAGGGUCAGCCGUGUCUCGCCUGGAAGAUGUUGCUUUGUAAUAAAAGGGCAAAUCCUCCCUUCAGGGCUUAGCAGGUUGGAGUUCUGCAGCUGAACAGAGGCAUGGAGAAUGCCUGGAGAUGCUCUGCCAGAAGCAGCCUCUUUCUUGCCUUGGGAGGAGGUAGAGACCUCACAUGUGAAAGCAACCUAUUUUUCUAUUGUGAAAAGUAAUUAAAUUUUGCUGAGUGUUUUAGUGA